AUGAACAUUGCUUUAUUUUAUAUCAUCUCCAUUACUACUGCGCUCAAUUUUGUCAGAGACUUUGCAAAUGGCUGCGAAAGUCAAAAAUGCAUUGAUGCUAGCACAGCUUUAUCCAAUAAAUGUAAGCAAGAUGAAGCCAAUGUUUUAGAAUGUAUUUGCAAGCUUGAUGAUAAUGAUUAUUGGAAGAAGCUCAGCGAUUGCAUUCAAAGCUGUGAUGUUUCGCUGCAAGAUGGAAUUGAUACUUCGCCUGAUGGGUUGAGACAAUUGUAUUGCAGUGCUGCUCUGGCUUACGCUUCAUUGUCCACCCUUUUCCCGACAAAUAGUUUCGAUUUGAGUGAUUUCCAAGUUACUGGGACUGAAACGUCGGACAUUGGUGAUUUGCUUGACACAUUGUCGGCACUUUCGGUCUCUCAGGAAACUACUGCAAGUGGUGAAGCUUCCGAAACAGAAGCAAGCUCAACUAAGACGAGUGAAUCCGCCAUGGGCACAUCAACCCACUCAUCCACAUCCUCAGAAGCUGGCUCCAGUGAAUCAACAUCCAACGUUGCGGCAACAGCCGGUUAUGGUACUCUCAUUUCGUUCUUAGUUUUAGCUUUGAUGUAG